AUGACGGGACCGCCGAAUAAGCGGCAGAAACGAGAGGACUACAAAAAAACCCAAGAGAGCUUUAAAGCUGGAAGUGAUGGCGCUGGCGGCGGCAAGAUCGAGCUGCCCAAGAAAAAGUUCUAUCGACAACGCGCCCACGCAAAUCCUUUCUCCGACCAUGCUUUGGCAUACCCCGCCAGCCCUGCCGACAUGGACUGGACUUGCCAUUACCCUGCUUUCGCAGAUGGCGAAGCUGCGAAUCACAAACACCACGCUAUGAGCAGGGAAGUCGAGAUCGCAGACAUUGGCUGUGGAUUCGGUGGGCUUCUGGUAGCUUUGGCGCCUUUGUUCCCUCAGACGUUGAUGCUUGGCAUGGAAUUGCGGAAUCAAGUCACCGAAUAUGUAGUUGACCGAAUAGCCGCUCUCCGCGCUCAAAAUCAACCUCUGUCCGGCACAAAGAGAGGCACACCUGGACUCUACCAAAACAUCUCGGCGCUCCGCACUAAUACGAUGAAGUUUCUCCCAAACUACUUCCGCCGCGCUCAGCUUUCCAAGAUAUUCCUCUGCUUCCCCGAUCCGCAUUUCAAGCAGCGGAAGCACAAGGCCCGAAUCGUUUCUGCUCAGCUAAACGCUGAAUACGCAUUUGUGACGAAGCCCGGUGGUGUGGUAUAUACCAUCACAGAUGUUGAAGAGCUGCACCAGUGGAUGGUCAAGCACUUUGACGGCGAGGAAGCGGGCGACGCGAAGGAAUUGUGGACGAGGGUGACGCAGGAAGAUCUGGACUCAGAUCCUUGCGUCAAGGCCAUGAGCGAGGAAACCGAAGAGUCCAAGAAAGUCAUCAGAAAUGGCGGAAAGAAGUUUAUUGCUGUAUUCCGAAGAAAAGAGGAUCCUGAGUGGCCUGAAUGA